AUGGGCGAGUGUGCGUGGGGUGCGGUGUUGCGGGUGGUGGUGGUGCAGGCGGCGUGGGCGCUGUGCGCGGGGCAGGUGCGGUACUCGGUGCCGGAGGAAGCCAAGGCCGGGACGGUGGUGGGCCGUGUGGCGCAGGACGUGGGGCUGGAGGCGGGCGAGGCGGAGGCGCGGCGGCUGCGGCUGGUGGCGCAGGGCCGGCGGGCGAGCGUGGAGGUGAGCGGGGCGAGCGGGGCGCUGGUGGUGAGCUCGCGGCUCGACCGGGAGGAGCUGUGCGGGAAGAGCGCGCCGUGCUUGCUGCGGCUGGAGGUGCUGGUGGAGCGUCCACUGCGCGUCUUCCACGUGGAGCUGGAGGUCACCGACAUCAACGACAAUGCCCCCAUCUUCCCCGCCGCCCGAAAAAACAUCAGCAUCGCGGAAUUGUCUGUGCCAGGUUCCCGUUUCCCUCUGGAGGGCGCAUCGGAUGCGGAUAUUGGAGUGAACGCUCAGCUCUCUUACACACUCAGCCCUAGCGAGCAUUUCACGGUCGAGGUAGAAAAUCACAAAGCGCUAGAUCGUGAGGCGUUACCCGUGCACCGGUUGUUACUGACGGCGAGUGAUGGGGGCCGGCCGUCUCUGACAGGGACGAUGGAGCUGGUGAUCUCGGUGUUGGACGUGAACGAUAACGCGCCCCAGUGUAACCAGUCGGUGUAUAAAGUGCAGCUUCCUGAGAACGCUGCAGAGGGGACGCUGGUGCUGCAGACAUAUUUCAUCAUCGAUCCAAAGACGGGCGAGAUCAGACUGACGGGUACCCUGGACUUUGAAGACAGUUACGUUUGUACGAUUUACACAUUAGAAGCAACAGACAAGGGGACAGCCCCUCUGUCGGGUCACUGCAGCGUUGAGCUGGAGGUUCUGGAUGUGAACGACAACGCACCGGAGGUGUGGGUGACGUCGCUGUCGGUGCCGGUGGCCGAGGACGCGUCGGUGGGCACGGUGGUGGCUCUGCUGAGCGUGUUGGACCGGGACUCGGGGGCGAACGGUCGGGUGCGGUGCUGGGUGUGGCCGUCGGGUCCAUUCGGGCUGGAGGCGACGUUCUCGGGGUCGUACUCGCUGGUGCUGCGGGAGGCACUGGACCGGGAGCGGGUGUCGGAGUACGAGGUGGAGGUGCGUGCGGAGGACGGCGGGUCGCCGUCGCUGCGCGGCAGGCUUGGGGUGCGGGUGCCGGUGUCGGACGUGAACGACAACGCGCCGGCGUUCGCGCAGGCGGUGUACACGGUGCUGGCGCGGGAGAACAACGCGGCGGGCGCGGAGCUGGCGCGGGUGUGGGCGCGGGACCCGGACGAGGCGGGCAACGGGCGCGUGAGCUACGUGUCGGUGGACGCGGAGAGCGGUGCGGUGUGGGCGCUGCAGGCGCUGGACUACGAGGAGGUGCAGGUGCUGCAGUUCGAGGUGCGUGCGGUGGACGCGGGGGAGCCGGCGCUGAGCGGCAACGCGACGGUGCAGGUGUUCGUGGUGGACGAGAACGACAACGCGCCGGCGCUGCUGCCGGCGGCGGGCGGCGGUGCGGAGGCGGUGGUGGCGAAGAUCCGCGCGGUGGACGCGGACUCGGGCUACAACGCGUGGCUGCGCUACGAGCUGUGGGAGCCGCGUGGCAAGAGCGCCUUGUUCCGCGUGGGGCUGUACAGCGGCGAGGUGAGCACGGCGCGGGCGCUGGAGGAGGCGGACGGGCCGCGGCAGAGGCUGGUGAUCGUGGUGCGGGACCACGGCGAGCCGGCGCGCUCGGCCACGGCCACGCUGAGCGUGUCGCUGGUGGAGGGCGGCGAGGCGGCGCUGGCGGCGGCGGCGGGAUCGUCGUCGCUGCUGCCGCGCUCGGCGGCGGGCGGGGACAGCGGCUCUGCGGCGGCGGCGGCGACGACGAACGUGUGGCUGGUGGUGGCGAUCUGCGGCGUGUCGAGCCUGUUCCUGCUGGCCGUGGUGCUGUACGGGGCGUCGCGGUGGGCGCCGCGGGCGGCCGUGCUGUCGGGGCCCGGGCCCACGACGCUGGUGUGCGCCAGCGAAGUGGGCAGCUGGUCGUACUCGCAGCGCCAGAGCCGCAGCCUGUGCGUGGCGGAGGGCGCGGCCAAGAGCGACCUGAUGGUUUUCAGCCCCAACUUCCCGCCGCCGCCCGGCGCCGCGGCCAAGGACACGCAGCCGGAGCCUCCCGCUCUCCUCGACACGGCGGCGGAGCAGCGCACGGUGUCGCUGCAGGCUCAGGAACGGCGUGUGGGCGGCUCCGCCCCGGUGCGGCGGAGAGCCCGGCUGUGA